UCAAUCAGUUUGAAUUUGGCUGCGAAAAGCAAAAUAUUGAUCGAAAUUCUAGGAAAACGAAAUCACUUCUGCCCUCUAAAUUUUAGGUUUUCAUCUCAAAUGACUCGCUUCUUACCGGCGUUUUUCCAGAGUGCCCGCUCCUUGGCAAGCAUGGUCGCCCCCUUCUGCUGUGACAACGAAAACAAGAGGCAACUGUGGCCAGGAUCGCUUGUUCUGAACGCCUCGAAUUCAGCUACGAAAAAGGAAAGUGCCAAGCCUCGCCGUUCUGCCGUGAGCCGACAUCGAGCUUCGUUUCGCGAAAACACUAUCACGGCCUACGAGAACCGGCUGAGAAUUUAUUCGCAGCCCUCCAAGGUUUUCCGCUAUUUCGCGACCAUAAAAAUGAGGAACAAGGCGGGCAGGUGGGAGAUUUUCAUGACACCCUCCGACUUCCUGCGAUCGAUCCUGCCCGGCAUUCCCCAACCGGAGAACCUGGGUCUGGACAAGUACCGGGUCCUAGACGAGAAGGGUGUCGAAAAAUGGGAGUCGAAAAUGAAACGGGACAGCAUAUUUUUCAAGCUUGAGACAAAGGGUCUGCUCACUUUCAGUGACUAUGUGCUUCUGACUAUUCUGCUGUCCAUUCCGCAGCGCCACAUUGAGAUCGGUUUCAAGCUCUUUGACCUGAACGGCGAUGGGACGCUGAGCAUUCAUGACCUGGAGUCCUUGCUCCUGGCCAUUACCCAGGGCGAGGCCUCUGCCAUGAAUACUCAUCUCAAAAACACUCUCUUCGGACCAAAACUCAACAAACAUCUAACCCUCGCCCAGUUUCUUGAAUUCUUUCAAGACCUAACCGAAGAGAUACUUAAUCUUGAAUACGAGAUGCUACUCAAAGACCGUUCCGUGAUCAGCGAAUUGGACUUUUCCAAGCUAGUCCUGUCCUACAAGAGUUCUCCCACCGAGCGUCAUCUGGCUUUGAAACGCGUAAAGAAAAAGUAUGGCCAAAAAAUGGAAGGUAUCACUAAGGCCGAGUUCAUCGACUUCUUUCGCUUGGUCAAGGAAUUGGAUGCCGUGGACAUGGCAUUGUCCUUUCAUUACUUGGCUGGUGCGGAUAUAAGCCGCCAGACUCUGGGACGCAUUGCCGAAGUGGUUGCCGGUGUGACUUUGACCGAACACAUGAUGGAUGUGAUCUUCACUAUUUUUGAUGCCGAUCGCAAUGGAGUCCUUGGAAGAAGGGAAUUUAUUAAAGCCUUGCGCAUCCAGAGGACGCGAACUCAUUCGGUAAGAAAUCACUUCAGACUCACGUCCGCACUAAACGUCGUGUGCAAGUGUGCUUGGAGGACACUGCCUGUCCGGAAUUCCAAAAAAACUUGUUUCUCAUAUUCGUGAAUAAAUUUGUCGUUUUGUUAGUUGAAA